AAACCACUGCCAGUGUAUAUAAGGCUAAGGGUGAAACGUACAUCUUAACGUCGAUUACGGAUUUCCUACAUCAGAACUGGCAACCUGCAUGUUGUUCAGUGGGAGGCGCUAGUCCGCAGUAGUUUCUGGAAGGAACCUCAUGCUUGCACCAUGGAGAAAGUUUCAGCAUUGAAAGACCAGGGCAACAAGGCACUGAGUGCAGGGAAUAUUGAUGAGGCUGUACGUUGCUACACCGAAGCUUUGGCCCUUGACCCUUCAAACCAUGUCCUGUUCAGUAACCGCUCUGCUGCCUAUGCUAAGAAAGGCAACUAUGAGAAUGCUCUCCAGGAUGCCUGUGAGACCAUCAAGAUCAAGCCUGACUGGGGCAAGGGCUACUCCCGUAAAGCUGCAGCAUUGGAAUUUCUUGGUCGAUUGGAGGAUGCUAAAGGAACUUACCACGAGGGACUCCGGCAAGAGCCAAGCAAUCAGCAGCUAAAGGAGGGUUUACAGAACAUUGAGGCUCGGCUUGCAGAGAAAUCAAUGAUGAACCCCUUCGCCAUGCCCAACUUGUAUCAGAAGCUGGAGAAUGAUUCUCGGACCCGUGAGCUAUUGUCAGAUCCCAGCUACAGAGAAUUGCUGGAGCAGCUCAGGAACAAACCGUCGGAGCUUGGCACGAAGCUGCAGGAUCCCAGAGUGAUGACCACACUCUCUGUGCUGCUGGGACUGAACCUCUCUGAGAUGGAGGAAGAGGAGGAGCCCACUCCUCCUCCUCCACCCAAACCCAAAGAGACUCAGCCACCUCCUCCCAAAGAGGAAGACCUUCCCGAAAACAAGAGAAAGGCCUUGAAGGAAAAAGAGCUUGGAAAUUCUGCGUAUAAGAAUAAGGACUUUGAAGCGGCGCUGAAACACUAUGAAGAGGCAAUCAAACAUGACCCCACCAACAUGACUUAUAUAUCCAAUCAAGCAGCUGUGUACUUCGAGAAGGGAGAUUUUGAGAAGUGCAGAGAGCUGUGUGAGAAGGCCAUUGAUGUUGGCAGAGAGAACCGGGAAGACUACAGACAAAUUGCAAAGGCCUUGGCUAGGAUUGGCAACUCAUACUUCAAGCAGGAGAAAUACAAAGAGGCAGUUCAGUAUUUCAACAAGAGUUUGACAGAGCAUCGUACCCCUGAUGUCUUGAAGAAGUGUCAACAGGCAGAGAAGAUACUGAAGGAACAGGAGAAGCUAGCCUACAUCAACCCUGAAUUAGCCCUGGAAGAGAAGAGCAAGGGCAAUGACGCCUUCCAGAAAGGUGAUUACCCCUUAGCCAUGAAAUAUUACAGUGAGGCCAUCAAGAGAAACCCUGAUGAUGCCAAACUGUUCAGUAACAGAGCUGCCUGCUACACAAAGCUGUUGGAGUUUCCACUUGCUCUGAAGGAUUGUGAAGAGUGCAUCAAACUUGACCCCAGCUUCAUAAAAGGCUACACACGUAAAGGCGCUGCCUUGGAGGCCAUGAAAGACUAUUCAAAAGCUAUGGAUGCAUACCAGAAGGCUAUGGAUCUCGACUCUUCCUCAAAGGAAGCCACAGAAGGCUUGCAGCGCUGUAUGGUCAGUCAGGCCACGAGGAAUGACACUCCUGAGGAAGUGAAGAAAAGGGCCAUGUCUGAUCCCGAGGUGCAGCAGAUUAUGAGUGACCCAGCCAUGCGCAUGAUCCUUGAGCAAAUGCAGAAGGACCCUCAGGCGCUUAGCGACCACUUAAAGAAUCCAGUUAUUGCUCAGAAGAUUCAGAAACUCAUUGAUGUUGGACUGAUAGCCAUUCGUUGAUGACAACCAAGAUCCAGAUGUGUGAGGAAACUCCAAGACAACAGUGGAACAAUGAGCAAAUCCCUCAGAAAUAUUACAUCCUCUUUUCUUGCCUUCAAAUUCAAAAUUAUAUCGUCUAUAGUCUCACUGAGACCUUGUGUAUGUUAUGUUUUUUUAAAAAUCAGUUUCACAACUUUUGCUUUGUAUUUAAGAAAACAUCUUGUAUGUCAUCAAAACUUCAGGACUCAAGAAAACUUGAUCUGAAAAAGCUGGAUUCAUGUGUACAGAUGCUUCAGUACAUUCAAAAUAAACAGCACAAUUCAGUGUUUUGAAAGGGAAAUCCACCCGAAAGCAGUUCACAUAUUCCUAUUGGUUUAUGGUUUAAGGAAAUGGAACAAAGAAGUAUUUCCAGACUCAGAAUCCAGAUUGUAAUGUAAUGCAGUGUCAAAAAUUGGCCCUUGUCAUCUCCUGUGUUGUCUUCUUUAAGGCUCAACUGAACAUGGUGGUUUAAAGUUGAGCUUUCAAGUCUGUUUUCCUCAGUGCUUCCCCUCUUUUGGUCAUCUCCCACACCUCAGGUCAAGAGCUGACUCUAUCCCAUCUACUGGCCAACUGGUCGUGAAUCUUGUAAGCAUGUUAGGUAUUUUUUUUUGUACUUUUCCAAAAGUUGCAAUUAUUUGUGUACAGCUAAUAUCAGAAAAACAUUGAGCGUUUCCUUGAUUGUGGUGGACAGCGGAUGGAUCCAGACAAAUUUUAACUGGGACUGGAAGAAUACUAGUAAAUGCCUUUCAGAGAGUCUGGGGAUAUUUUGCCAUGAUUUAAGAUUGAUCCUCAACAGUUUAUUAAACAAGUUCCUUCAGCAAUCAAGCCAGCCAUGUUAUUGUUUCUGUGUUAGUCAAAAAAUUUGAGGUAAAGCAGUUGCAGUAUCAGCUAGAGUAAGUAAGUAUCAGUAAUAAUAUUAGAAUAUUGUGGAAAAUGCACUGAUCUGUGACAGAGAGUCAACUUCACUACAAUUGUCCUUGCGCAGUGUCAUGAUUUUGUAAUCGGGUUUAAACUGCAGGCAACAGGAGGUGUGUCAAUAAUUGGAAGUCAAAGUAGAUAAGGCUGGCCUCAAAUUGUGGUUAACAAAGCCUGAAACCAGAGGGCUGCUGUACAAAAUCUGACAACUUGCCUGACUUGAAUAUUUAUAAUGGGAAUAAUGUGAUAGUUAAAGGGUGGAUUUACCUUUGUAGGCUAGCAAAUUUUGGUUGAGUAAUGGGGGUCACAAUUAUCUCACUUCAUGAUGCAUCUUAAAUGUUUGUCGGCUUGUCUUUAGAGUACUGAAGCCCUAGUACUACCUGUCACUUCCUUGUAUGUAUUUCGCCAGCCAGUCAAUUCUUUUGGUAAAUUGUGCCAACCUCCCCCACAGCGUCAGACUGCUCCGCAUCUGUUUUCAGAGAGGAAAUGGAAAAGUGUUAAUAUUGCUAUUGACCACUGUGCCACAAGUGGCUUCAGAUACCUCAAAGUCACCACAUUGUCAGUAUCUCUCUGCUAUGGUUCAUGGUCCAAGAUGGGGUCAAAAAUCUCAUAAAUGAACUGUGACACCUUUUUCUUUUCACACAGAAGAAUUGCUCUGUCUGGAAUCAUCUAUAACUUGUGGCACACAACAGCAGAAUUGGGGGUGUGGGUAUUUUUUACCAACAAAGUCCAGCUGUUAUCAUAAACUACACGCUACAAAUGUGGAAAUCUCACAUGAUGUAAAGGAAACUGUCCCAACAAAUGUAAUGUACUAAUGGAAAUCAGUUGUACUGUGAAAUAUACAGUAUCUGAAUGUA